AUGCUGAACUUUUCAUUGGUCUAAGGCACAGGUCCUAAUCCCACGUUAGUGGGUGGAGUGGAGGAUAAGAAAGAGAGGAAGAGGAUCCUGACAGAGAGAUACUUUAGCAGAGGGAUACCGGCAGUGAAAAAGCACAAGUUAAUCCUGAUUUUGACCUCAGUCCAAAAUGACAACCUCCUUUACCAAAAUGCUGUCCGGCCGUAACACAGCCAUGCUGUUGGCCAGUCUGGGAGCUGGCACCAUGGCAACUGCCUACCUGAUGACUGACAGCAACACUGUGUCUGCUGAGCAGAGGAGGAAGCUGUACCCACCCAGCGCUGACUUCCCUGACUUGAGGAAGCACAACAACUGCAUGGCGCACGCCCUGACACCUGCUAUCUAUGCCAAGCUGAGAGACAAAGUGACUCCUAACAACUGGACCCUGGACCAGUGCAUCCAGACCGGAGUGGACAACCCUGGUCACCCCUUCAUCAAGACCGUUGGCAUGGUGGCUGGGGACGAGGAGAGCUAUGAGGUGUUCGCUGAUAUCUUUGACCCCGUCAUCAAAGACCGACACAACGGCUAUGACCCCAGGACAAUGAAACACCCCACUGACCUGGACGCGUCCAAGAUCACCAACGGGGUGUUUGACGAGAAAUACGUCCUGUCAUCUCGCGUGCGUACAGGCCGUAGUAUCCGUGGGCUGAGUCUGCCUCCGUGCUGCUCCCGCUCUGAGCGCCGUGAGGUGGAGCGGGUGGCCGUCCAGGCCCUGGCCGGUCUGAAGGGUGACCUGGCUGGACGCUACUACAGCCUGGGAGACAUGACUGAGAAGGAACAGCAGCAGCUCAUUGAUGACCACUUCCUGUUUGACAAGCCCGUCUCCCCCUUGUUGACGUGUGCUUUCAUGGCUCGUGAUUGGCCCGAUGGCAGGGGCAUCUGGCACAACAAUGAGAAGACCUUCCUGAUCUGGAUCAACGAGGAAGACCACACCAGGGUCAUCUCCAUGGAGAAGGGAGGCAACAUGAAGAGAGUCUUCGAGAGGUUCUGUAGAGGACUCCAGCAGGUGGAGAAACUGAUCAAGGAGAGGGGCUGGGAAUUCAUGUGGAACGAGCACCUGGGUUACAUCCUGACGUGCCCCUCCAACCUGGGGACCGGACUCAGGGCGGGAGUGCACGUCAAACUGCCCAACCUCAGCAGGGACAAUCGCUUUGGGAAGAUCCUGGAAAACCUGCGUCUGCAGAAAAGAGGAACAGGUGGAGUCGACACGGCCGCAACUGGAGAUACCUUCGAUAUCUCCAACAAUGACCGUUUGGGGAAAUCUGAGGUUGAGUUGGUCCAGUUGGUGAUUGAUGGAGUGAACUAUCUGAUCGAAUGUGAGAAGAAGCUGGAAAGGGGCCAAGACAUCAAGGUCCCCGCCCCUAUCGGCCAGUUCAGGAAGUAAAACACCUGAAUCACAACCCUGACAGGAAGUGACCCGGGGUUAGAGAGGCCAAGAAGUUAUGUACCAGGGAUGAAGAACUAUGCAUGUUCUCUCCACUUUUCCCCAAACUGAGCCAUUUGGAGUUAAGUAGAAGUAGAAUGUCUUUCCAUUGGUCCAGCAGCUGAUAGUGGUUGUAUCCCCUGAUGGUUAAGGUUAGGAGUAUCCAAUUCUGGACCUAGACCUGUGGUUAGGAGUCUUCUACCUGGAACAAAUGUCUUACCUGUAACAAUAACCUCAAUAAAGUCACUGAUCUCUGAUUUAUCAAAUA